UCAAUGUGGCUACGCUGUAACGCCGGCUAUCGAUAUCGAUAAAUAAACAUUGUGCAGGUUUGCGAAACCGGCAAACGAUUAAGAUAAAAUGGCUGAUAAAAAGACAGGUGGCAACAACGAUGGCAAAGAGAAACGCCGCAAGGAGUCUAUUCUGGAUCUAUCCAAAUAUCUGGAGAAGCAAAUACGCGUCAAAUUCGCUGGAGGUCGCGAGGCGUCCGGCAUUCUAAAAGGUUACGAUGCCCUCCUAAAUCUGGUGCUAGACAACACCGUGGAGUAUUUGCGUGAUUCGGACGAGCCCUACAAACUGACCGAGGACUCAACACGCAGUCUCGGCCUGGUUGUAUGCCGCGGCACAGCGCUAGUGCUCAUCUGUCCGCAGGACGGCGUCGAAAGCAUAGCCAAUCCCUUUAUCACGCAGUAAAAGGAUAUGCUGGCUGGGCUUAGGCUAAGGAAAAGUUCGCGUACAAAGGUUUAUAAAAAUACGUUUUGCAAGCAUUUAAA